GACGCUUUAUCAGCUCUCGUCCCUUACUUUUUGUUUUCACUCAUGCAACAAACUCUUGUGAGUUAAAUAAUAGCAAGAUGUAGCAAGAGUGAAAGUAAACACCCCAGUUUCCUCAAUUCCAAAGAACUAAUUUAUUUAUUUACACAAAGUCAAAUUGAAAUGCAGUUCCUUCAGCAACAACUGUACACUGAAGAGCAGAAAAACUCAUUUUGUACUGUUUGUAUUUGUUGUACUCUUGUACUGGCUGUACUGGGUCAGAAUUUUUUUUUUUUUGCUCUCAAUGAAAAUAAAAACUCGUGGCGAACCUCUGAGCUUCUCUCUUCCCUUUUUACUUUUCUUCAUCAUUCUUACAUCCUCAUCCUCAUCUCUUACCAUUACCACUCAAUCAAAUCUACUAUCCAAUUUUUAUUUCCUUUCCUUUCUUUUCUUUUUAUACCUCUUAUCAAUAUUUUUUGUAGUUGUUACGACUGACUCUUUAACGUUUGUCCUAUAAACAUACUCUAAUAUCUUCUGCGCUCGUUUAUUUACUUCUUUUUAUUCUCUUAAUCAUCUUACAUCUCUCACAUAAUGACUAAUACCACUGUCUUUUUACGGACCCUUUGUUCU